AUGCCGCUCAUCUCCGGGCUGCUGGAUGAGCUGCUGGGCCGAGGGGUGCUGAACCAAGAAGAGGUGGAGGAAGUGCAGUAUAAGCACAUGGCGCGCACCGACAAGGCCCGCUGCCUCAUCGACUGUGUGCGCCUGAAGGGCACCCGCGCGAGCCAGGUCUUCAUCGACAGCCUCAAGAAGCGUGAUGGCAUCUUGGCAGAGCAGCUGGGCCUGGGCACUGACAUCGGGCCCCCUGGUGCACAGCUGGUCUCCCCCAGCCCCUUCGUCACCAUCCAGGGCCAGCAGUGGAUCCGGCAGUGUUCCCUAAGCGAGUACCAGCACAUCAGGGCCACAGAGGGAGAUCAGAUCUAUCCCCUCUAUCUGCCGCGGGAGGUACGAACCCGCAGGGCCCUGCUCAUCUGCAACAUUGACUUUGAGCACCUAAGCCGGCGGAAUGGGGCUGAAGUGGAUGUGCAGGGGAUGACAAGGCUGCUGGAAGGGCUGGGCUACAUGGUGGACAUCCAUCAGAACUUAUGUUCUGAGGAGAUGGCUACGGUCAUGAAUGAUUUUGCAGAUCGCAAAGAGCACUGCACCUCUGACAGCACCUUCCUGGUCUUCAUGUCUCAUGGGGUCAGGGCUGGGCUCUGUGGGACCAAGAGCAGAGACGAGUCCACAGACAUCCUCUCCCUCGAUACCAUCUACGAGAAGUUCAACAACCAGCACUGCCAGGCACUGCUGGGCAAACCCAAAGUGGUCAUCAUCCAGUCCUGCCGUGGAGGCAAGGUGGGCUCUGUGCUGGCGAGCGACACUGCAGACCUCCCCGUGCCUGCUCCCGGCCCUACUCAUACCACCCGCGCGGUGCUGGAGGAUGACGCCAUCUGUGAAGUCCACCUGGAGAGUGAUUUUGCCACUUUACAUUCCUCCACACCUGAUACCGUCUCCUGGAGAAGCUCAGUAACAGGAUCCCUUUUCAUCGAGCACCUGAUAGAGCAGUUUCGAAACCACGCCUGUAACAGCGACCUGGAGGAGCUGUUCCGAAAGGUCCAAUAUUCCUUUGGAAAAUUCCCUCGGCAGUUGCCAUCAAAAGAGCGGACUACGAUGCCCAGGAAGUUCUACCUCUUCCCAGGCAUCUGA